AUGAAGCAGCGCUUCUCUUCUUUGGACGUCAAGGUGAUUGCCGCUGAAUUGGCAGCGUCGCUGACCUCGUUACGAGUUUCAAACAUAUACGACCUCUCGAGUCGGAUAUUCCUCUUCAAGUUCGCCAAACCGGGUCGAAGGGAACAGCUGCUCGUGGACUCUGGUUUCCGAUGUCACCUCACUUCAUUCUCACGCACGGCGGCCACUGCGCCCUCGGCGUUUGUCAGUCGAUUGCGCAAAUAUCUCAAGAGCAGGCGUGUGACAAAUGUGGCGCAAAUUGGCACGGAUCGGGUGAUAGAAAUCACGUUCAGUGAGGGACAAUAUCGAAUGUUUCUGGAGUUCUUCGCUGCAGGGAACAUCAUAGUCACGGACGCUGAUCUGAAUGUCCUUGCAUUGCAGCGACAGGUUAGCGAAGGAGACGAAGAUGUUGACGUCAAGCUGGGCGGGAAAUACAUCCUCGACGCAAAACAGAAUUUCCACGGCAUCGCCCCCGUCACGCCCGAGCGAGUGAAGGAGACGCUCGAGAAGGCUGUACAGCGGGCAAAGGAUGCAAAAGAGGUUGGUGGGAAGAAGGCCAAACGAGCCAAAGGCGGAGACGAUUUACGAAAGGCUCUCAGUUUCGGGUUUCCUGAAUUCUCGGCGCAUCUACUGGAUCACGUUUUCAAUGAAAUUGGGAUCGAUGCAGCGGCAAAGGCUGAAGAUGUCUUGAACGAUGGUCAGCUCAUGGAGGCGGUUAUGAAGGCUUUGAAUCGCGCAAAGGAAAUCUUCGAAAGCCUGGGCACCGGGCAAUCCAAGGGUUAUAUCAUUGCGAAAAUCAAGAGUCCUUCUUCCGAGGCGCCCCAAGAAGCAGAAGCACAAACACAGCCAUCAUCCGGUCGAGAUAAUCUGCUUUAUGAAGACUUCCAUCCCUUCAGACCCAGUCAGUUCGAAGGCAAACCUGACCUGCGCAUCUUGGAGUUCGAUGGCUUCAACCGCACGGUCGACGAGUUCUACUCCUCGAUAGAGUCCCAGAAGCUGGAGUCAAGGCUCACCGAGCGGGAAGAAGCCGCAAGGAAGAAGUUGCAAGCUGCCAAGGAGGAGCAAGAGAAGAGACUAGGUGCGCUCCAGCAUGUGCAAGAACUGCACGUCCGGAAAGCUCAAGCCAUUGAAGCCAACACCCAUCGUGUGGAAGAGGCGUGUGCCGCCGUCAAUGGACUGAUUGGCCAAGGAAUGGACUGGGUUGACAUCGGCAAGCUCAUUGAAAACGAACAGAAACGUGGAAACGUCGUUGCCCAAAUGAUCAAGCUACCCUUAAAACUGGAGGAGAAUACCGUGACUCUGCUGCUGGAUGAGCCAGGAUUCAAUGAGGAAAGCGAAGAGGAUGAGCCCGACGAGACGGACGAGGAAGAAAACUCGGAUGAGGAUACCCGCAAGAAACCCACCAAGCCCGCUACGGACAAACGAUUGGCGAUUGAUAUUGAUUUGGGCCUGUCGCCGUGGGCAAAUGCCCGACAGUACUAUGAGCAGAAAAAGAAUGCUGCCGUCAAGGAGAAGAGAACGUUGGAGGCGGCCACAAUGGCACUCAAAUCUGCCGAAAGGAAGAUCGAGGCGGAUCUCAAAAGGGGUCUCAAGCAGGAAAAGGCUGCUCUGCGACCAGCAAGGAAGCAAUUCUGGUUCGAAAAGUUUCUCUAUUUCAUCUCCAGCGACGGAUACCUGGUUAUCGGAGGCAAGGAUGCACAGCAGAACGAGCUGCUGUACAGACGCUAUUUGAAAAGGGGCGAUGUCUAUGUGCAUGCUGAUCUGCAAGGUGCAUCGAGUGUCAUUGUAAAGAACAAUCCAAGAACUCCAGAUGCACCCAUUCCUCCAUCCACUCUGUCACAAGCGGGUGCGUUGACCGUUUGUACCAGCAGUGCAUGGGACUCGAAGGCCGUGAUGGGUGCAUGGUGGGUUAAUGCCGAACAAGUCAGCAAGACAGCUCCGAGUGGGGAGUAUCUUACAACUGGCGGGUUUAUCAUUCGUGGGCACAAAAAUCUCCUGCCACCGAGUCAGCUGUUGUUGGGCUUUGGAGUCUUGUGGCUGAUUAGCGAAGAGAGCAAAGUCAACCACGGCAAGCAUCGUUUGGAGAGGACUGAGAGCAUGUUGCCGGGGGAAGCCGAAGCUCUGGCGAAUGACGCGAGGGGACUGUCCUUGGAAGAGCAAGAGCAAGACUUGCCAAUAUCAGAACAAAGCAGAGCAGUGCCUGAUGUCGAAGAUGCAGCCGACGAUGCAGAAGAAGAAGAAAAAGAGGAUGCACGUGCAGCAGCGGCGCCCGAGGAAGAUGCCCAAAGUCAAGCAGACGAGGGCGACGCUGACAGCGAUGAUGAUGGAGAAGACGAGAGCCGUUCUGUCGCCGGCUCCGAGGCUGCUGAUAGCCGGUCUAACCCCCUACAAGCCAAUGGAACAGGGGAGGAGUACAAGGAAAGCGGCAGCGAGAAGCCUGAGAUUGAAGUUGAAGUCGAUGGCGAUGGCGCCGAUGAUGCCAAUAAUAAGUCUGAGGACGAGAGCGGAGACGAUGAAGAGGAACAUGGAGGAACACCCGCAGGAGAGUCAUCCACCGGGGUGUCCACGCCAGCGUCCUCUACCCAAGUUCCUAACAAACCAAAAGCACCACAACUGACGCGUGGCAAAAGAACAAAACUCAAGCGCGCACAAAAGAAAUACGCAGAUCAAGACGAAGAGGACCGCGCUCUCGCCAUGCAACUGCUCGGAUCUGCCAAAGGCCAAGAACGCAAACAAAUGGCCGAGGCGGAACGAGCCGCACGCGAAGCCAAAGCGCAAGCUGACCGAGAACGACGGAAAGCGCAACACGCCAAAGCUGCGGAAAAGGAGCGUCAGCGACUGGAGAGAUUGGAAAAGGCGGCGACAGCUGCUGAUGGCCACGAGGGUACCGGUGCACAUGCAGGUGCGGAUGUUGAUGCAGACGACAAACUCAGCCGUGAACAACUGGAACAAGAACGUCGCGAACUAUUGGACAUUGACCGCCUCGUGCCCAUGCCCGAACCGGGCGACGAACUUCUCGCGGCCAUCCCAGUCUGCGCGCCCUGGUCGGCCCUGUCGCGACAAAAGUACAAGGUCAAGCUGCAGCCAGGGAAUGUGAAAAAGGGAAAAGCUAUCAGAGAGAUUUUGGGAUUCUGGACGUCUUUGGCGACGAAGGGACCAAAGGUGGUUGAUGAGUCAAAUAGAGAUAAAGAGCGUGUGUGGCGACGUGAAGUGGAUUUGCUCAAGGAGUGGCGUGUCGAAGAGGUUGUUGGGUAUGUUCCUGUUAAGGGGUGUCGGAUUGUUCAGGGUGGAGGACUUGCUGGUUCCCUUGGGGGUGGUGCCGGCAGUGGCAGUGGAGGCGGUGCUGGUGGGAAGGGGAAAGCUGGUGCUGGUGGUGCGAAGGGGAAGAAGGGGAAAUCGGGUGGUGGAAAGAAGGGAGGGAGAUAG